AUGGUGGAACCUGAACGCGAACGCGCUGCGACACCCGCCAAGAGAAAACUUGCCGAUCGAGACUUGAGUCCCAGAGAAUUGGAACGGAAGGAGCCACGGCCGCCGCCUGCCGAGCUCAAUGGCGGACUUGCCAUCUCUAGGUCACCAGUGAUGCAACGGAAGAGAAAGAUCCACGCGACACCACCCGUUUGGGCUCAGACUUGGAAUGCUCGAGAAAAUAAGAGGCUCAAGCUGGCCAAUUUUGAGCUCCAGAAACGAGGGCCGCCGCACAUCAAUGGCAAAUCCGAGUCUGUCAAGCAGGACAGCACCAGCCGCCACACCUCACCAGAGGCAGCGCGAUCCACGGCUCCUCCAGUCCAAGAACCGCCGCAGCCGCCGCCGCCGCCGCCCAAGGCCGAAAGUCUGCUUGGUCCUUGGGAGGAAAGCAUCCUCGGUACUCGACCUUACGAAGAGCUGUCUAAGACGAUCGCCGAUUUCUUAUUCAAGAACGUCACGCUCCAUCCUGAUAGUGGGGAGAUAAUAGGACGUGGCGUGCAGUUCGAAAUCGAGGCUAAGAUGGGACAGCUCAUCGACAGAGACACCAAUGAUCGUGUCGAGAGAGCUAUAGGUUCGGAAUGUGUUCUGCACGAUACCGGGCGUCUGGCUUUCAGAAGCAGCAUGACUGAGGCUCAGCACAAAGGUCUCAACGAAUUCCUCAACACCAUGGUUGUGCAGACCGAUCCCCGAAACCCCAACGCACGCGGCCGAGUACAAGUACAAUACAAACACCGACGAGAGAUUGAUAAGUUCUACGAGCUGCCAAAUGCUCUGCAGGCCCGUCUGCCUGGUUGCGUCCGUUCCCUACUGGGUAAUAGGCGUUCAAUCAAGGUCCGAGUCACAUAUGACCAAAAGACGCAGCAGGUCCUGGCCAAGAUUGUCAAGGCCCGGGUGGCAGAUAUCCACCUACAUCUUCCCACAUGCCCACUCGACUGCCGCCUUAGCAUCAAUCUCGAAAUGGCAUGGGAUGGUUCCGUUGAGGAAUUGGAAAGCGUGGCUGUCGGUCAUGCAGACAAGUUCCCUGACCGGAACAAGGACCGUCUCAGUUACAAGCAAAAUCACUACCAGAUCGACUUGACCCAAGUGACGCAGAUGAUGCCUGGUCCUGGAAAUACCUCACAGAUGAGCAAGGAACACGAACUGGAAAUAGAGCUGUCACCCGAAAUCGUCAUCGAUCAACAACGCCGCGCCAUGAGGAACGAGCCGCAUCAAUACCAGCAACUUGUCGAGGCAUUCGUCGACAACGUCCGCGUCCUAGCGCGCAAAAGCCGUGAAUUUGUGUAA